AUGGGGGUGUCUCGCGCGUAUUCUCAAUCUUUCCUUCUCUCGCCUGCCUCCCACUGCCUUCCCUUUCUGUUUUCCCUCUUUCUCCUCUCGCCGCUCUCCUCCCUCGUGGACUCCAAGCCGUUCCACUCGCCGCUUCGUGCUCUUCCGAUCUCCUCGCACAGAUAUGCUUCUCAACCGUCCUCCAUUCCAUCCUCUUUUCCUCCCCCGUCGCCUGUUCAGUUCUCCUCUACCUUGCCUGACGGCGUCUCUUCGGCGGCCGCACUUCCGCCUGCUCACUUCGCGGCGCGUUCCCCGUCUCCCUCCGCGUCUGGACCCGUCCCGUCUUUCCUUGGUCCUUGCUCCGCUUCGGCGGCUUGUGCGGCACCGCCGUCUCGCCUUUCUUCUUCUCCAACAUUCUGCGGAGAAGGGCGUGCGCCCUUGUCCGCCUCAUCUUUGCUCUUAAGCAGGCAUCGAGGCAGCCUGAGUCCUCGAGGCUACCGCUCAAGCGAUCAAACUUUCUCCGUGCCGAGAUGGGAAGCAAACUCGAGGGCGUAUGAGAGGGCAAGUGCGGUCUUCUCUGCGACUCAGGGCGUCUCUUCCUAUGGGCUUCCGUCGCACUUCAGCACAGAGGCAGGCGCCGCACGCGCUGGUGCGCCGGUAAACCACGCAGCCACACCUCUGCAUUCUGUGACGAGUGACAGACACGCGACGCACCACGAUGUUGCGGGAGCGCUUUCGCUGCCGCUUUCCGGCGCUGCACACUCAGCGCCCUCCCUGCGUCGCACGGGUUCUGCGUCGCCUUUCGCGUCUUCGCCACUGUCCCGCGCCCCCGUCUCCCCCCUCUCUCUCUUCUCUCUGCUUCCGUCUACUCCGUUGCACUCGUCUUCUCCGCUCUUUUCCACUGUCGCAUCGUCCUCGCCUUCUGACCUUGCAGCCGAGCAAGACUCGGCUCCUGGGGGGGGGCAGGAGCAGCGAGACAUGGGCGACUGCUACCUGCCGGCUCUGCCUUCCUCUCUCUUGGACGCCGAGACGAAGGCUUCCCUUCGCGAUACGCAGUUCGUAGAAGAGCUGGAAAAGAGUUUUCUGUGCUACGCGUACAGCACCAUUCUGUCGCGGGCACUUCCGGACGUCCGAGAUGGCCUCAAGCCUGUGCACCGCAGGCUGAUCUACGCCAUGCAGCAACUGCGCCUGCAUCCCUCGGGGAGUUUUCGCAAAUGCGCUCGCGUCGUCGGAGAAGUUCUGGGGAAAUUCCACCCCCACGGCGACCAGGCUGUCUACGAUGCUCUCGUCAGACUCGCGCAGACCUUCGUGGCUCGCCACCCGCUCAUUGAAGGCCACGGCAACUUCGGCUCCGUCGACGGGGACCCUCCUGCCGCCAUGCGAUACACAGAGUGCCGUCUCACGCGUUUUUGCGAAGAUGUUCUGCUGAAGAACUUGGACGAGAAGGUGAUCCCCUUCAGGCCGAACUUCGAUGCGAGCGAGCGAGAGCCCGUGGUGUUUCCCGCUUCGCUGCCGCUCCUCCUCAUUCAAGGAAGCUCAGGCAUUGCAGUGGGCAUGAGCACGCAAAUCCCGCCGCACAAUCUCCACGAGGUCCUCGAUGCAACGAUCGCUCUCAUACGAGACCCCGAUUUGGCUGAGGACGAACUUUUCAAGGUCUUUCGGGGUCCCGAUUUUCCGACAGGCGGCUUACUGAUGAACGCAGACGAGCUCCGCGCAGCCUACAGAGAAGGCCACGGUCGCGUUCUGCUCCGCGGCCGCGUGCAUCUCGAGGGUGACGAAGAAGAGGGCGAGGACGAGAGACCGGGAAGGAAGCGGUCACGCGCUUUGCGCGAAGAGUCGGAAGACGAGGACGAGGAUGAAGAAGAGCAGGAGGGAGAAGACGCAGAAGGAAAAAGCGGAAUCAAAACGCGAGGAAAGCGCAGAAAGAGGAGAGAGCGGCGUCUGGUCAUCACCGAGAUACCUUACGGAGUCAAUAAGAGCACUCUCAUGCAAGUGAUCGCCCAGAUGAUCUCCGCCAAAUUCCUCGAGGGCGUCGCAAACGUGCGGGAUGAGAGCGACUGGCGCGGCGUGCGCAUCGUCCUCGUGCUUCGUCGGGAGGCUGACGCGCACAACAUCUUGACGCUUCUGCUGAAGCAUACAAACCUCCAAGUAUACAUCCCCAUCAACCUCAUCGCGCUCGAAAAUGGCACGCGUCCUGUUCGAUUUUCUCUCAAGUCCCUGUUGCUUUCCUGGAUCUCUUUCCGUUUCGACACGCUUCGGCGUUUGCUAGCCGCUGAGGAAAAGGAGAGAAAAGCUCGCGCACAUCUUGUUGAGGGGCUGCUGAAGGCCGUCAACGUCAUGGAUGCCAUUGUGAAGACAGUGCAGGAAAGCAUGAGCUCGGAGGAAGCGCAGCGAAAAUUGACGGAAGCGCCGCUGAGCUUCUCGCCCGCGCAAGCGCAGGCUCUGCUUCGCCUCACGCUGUCGCGGCUGACGCGACUGGAGCGCCGUCAGCUGGAAGAGGAGGCCGCGGAACAGAAGCAGAACUUGAAGCGUCUGGCGUCGCUGCUUGCUCACGACAACGAGGUCUACGACUUGAUGGUUGAGGAACUGACGGCGCACAAGAGUCGCCACAAGAGCUCGAGGCAGACCAAGGUCGUGGCCUCUCGAGUUCGGCUGCAGAAGGACAAGGCGCGCGCGAAGCGGCAGGCGCGCAAGGGAGAGGAAGAGCCCGAAGACAGCGGCACAGUCGCGCCUCUCGUAGACGAGGAAGGCGCAAACGCGGGCGCCGUCGACGCGGAGACAGGCGACGGCGCGCGAGAUCAGGAGCCGGAUGGGAAACCGAUCCAAGGCUCAAGAGGAGGGCAGGAAGUUAGCGAGGAAGUCAGGAACUUCGGCGCGAACAGGGCACGCGAACGCGCAGUGGAGACGGGACGGCCAAGCGGAAGUGCCUCAGGAGGCGUGUCGCAGUCUGACAGGGAAGGCGCGCAGACGCAGAGGGAGGCCAGAACUGACGAUCGAGACGAAGAGGGGGAAGGCACAGGGAGAGAAGCCGAGACAGCCCGCAGGCUGAGGAGAGCUGGUGCACGCCACAGCGCUGCAGCCCCCUGCGGAGGCAGAAACGGGGCUGAGAAGAAGGCAAACGGACCACAAACUAAACCGGAAACCCCGGAUAGUGCCUGGGAAACGAAGUCAGGAGACGUUGAAGACGGCGAAGAUGAAUCGACCGUGCCUUUCGGAGAGAUCCAGCACAUGCAGAAAGAAGACUUCAUCUCCAACCAACGGAACCUCAUUCUCCUCUCCACUCCGUUUCACGUUCGUCGGCUGCCGCUUUCUGUGUACCCGACGUUGAAACGUGGCGCGCUGGGGCUCCGCAGCGUCGCGUCUUCUUCGGCGGCUCUCGAGGGCGACGAGCGAGCGAGCGCACCUGCGGAGGCGACACCGUCGUCAGCCCAGGAGGCGUCUGGGCCGUGUGGGACGCCGUCGCGCGCCUCGUCUGCGCUUCGCGGCGUGUGGAGUUGCUGGACGAAGGACCGAAUUUUGUUUAUCUCGGCGAACGGCUACGUGUCGGUUUUGCCGGCGUAUAAAAUCCCUCUGUCGUCGCGCGCAGCUCGCGGCGUGAGCCUGCCGCAGUUGCUGUUUGACAACUUCGCCAGGCAGACUCAGCGGAUGUUGCACAGGAAGAGACGCGAGGAGCAGGCGCCCGACGCCGACCUGGGGGGGUCUGACGAUGAAGAGCGACGGGCGCGGGAGAAGAAACGCGAAGAAAAGGAGAAAGCAAUUCUGCGGGAGGCAUGCCAAGUCGCCACGGUUGUGGCUGCGUCGCCGACUUCGCUGCGGGAGAGGUCAGGACGGAAGGCGAGAGCCGGCAAAGAGACGCGCCGGUUCCUGGUUGUCGUCACCGAGCAGGGGCGCGCUGCCAAAGUUGAGUUGGAGAGACUUCUCGGCAAAAACCGGAAAACGAAGUUCAUGAAAAUCAUUUCCUGCCGCGCCGGAGACCGCGUGCGGGCGGCGACGCUGCUCGAGGAAGAAGUAGAGACGACGGCAGAAUCUGGGCAAGACGAAGAAGCACGCGAAGCCGAGGAGGACGCAAACGAGGAACAGGACGAAGCUGAGGAGGUUGAAGAAGAGAACGACGACGAAGAGGAAGAAGACGAAGAAGAGGAAGAAGACGAGGAAGAGGAAGAAGGCGAAGAAGAGGACGAAGACUCGGAGGACGCGGGGCAAGCGAGUUCGCUUCCGGAAGAGGAGGGAGAGGACGUGAGGGACGCAGCAACAGACAGAGCAGUAUCACCCAGCGGUAAAACCAAGGACACUGGUGCAUCGCAAACGUCCGUCAUUAUUGUCACGAGACAGGGUAUGAUGCUUCGGUUCCCCGCAGCUUCACUUCGGCCCACAGGAUCGGGCAAGACGCGAGGCGUCCGCGGCAUCCGUCUGCGGCCCGGAGACACCGUCGCCUCUGUCGCUAUGGUGCCGGCACGGAGCGGCGGAGUGAAGAAUUCCAACGCGACGCAAGAACUUGAACAAGAUGCAUCGAGCGCGGCCGCGGCAGGCGCCAGCAGACUACUCGGCUCACCAGAGGACGAAGGAGAGUCGUCCCUGCUGGUUGUGGCUGCCUCCGGCGUCGGGAAGAAGAUUAGGCUAUCUUCGCUUCGCAUGCAACGGCGAGGCGGCGUCGGCGUCCGAGUGCUUCGCGCAGCGAGGAAGGCGAAGGAGAGGGCAUACAGCGCCGCAAGCGCCACGGUUGGUCCUGUCGGCAGCGACCUUGAGGCAGAUCUAGACGAGGGAGACGAACUCGUGGAAGAUGAAAGCGAAGCUACAGUCGCGGCCGAGCACGACGCUGCGAGCCAAGACGCACGGGUGAAGCAGCGACUGGAAGAGAGUCCAUCUGUUUCUCUUGAGGAAGCUGCCGUGGAAAAGACAAAGUGGCAGGAAGACAAUUAUGUUGUCGCUCUCUUGGCCUUGCCGGCUUCAACAGGCCAAGAAGAGAGAGGCCCCGGACGAAGGAAGGGCGAGGAGACGGAACUUCUCUCCGUCACGCAGCGGGGCUUUCUGCUCCGACAAACGUGUGAGGGUCUUCCCAUGCCGAAAGGCCGCCUUGCCCGUGGGGUGACGCUCCAGCGGCUCCAAACAGGCAAGCGUGGAAACGCGCCACGCGACGCCAUUGUCGCCGCCGACUUUGUGUACGGCGGGGCUUCCGGAAACUAA